UUUUGAACGAUCUUUGUUAUCAAUUAGAAAUCUGGCGCGUUUUUCAUCCAACAACUGGGAAUAGCUGUACAUUGGGUAUCCCUGUUUGAAAUGGCUCGUAGUGCAGAAAAGGCUAUGACUGCACUCGCUCGAUGGAGAGCAGUUUAUGUGGAUCGUGUUCAAGAGACGAAGAAAAGGCCAUAUAUCGCUUCUGAGUGCACCGGGUUGAAAGAUUCUCUGUAUUACAGACGCCAAAUCGUUCAUGAAAUAUCUCGAAAAAUAGCUCAAAUACAGAAUCGUAUAACUCAUUUCUUCCAUCCAACAUUUUUACUUCCAGCUAGCUUAGGUGAAUAUAAACUAAGGGAUUUGAACGAUGACAUAAACAAGCUUAUUCGAGAAAAAUCCCACUGGGAAGACCACAUAAAAAACCUUGGGGGUCCUGACUUUAAAGCAGAAGCACCGAAAAUGCUUGAAAAAGAGGGGAAAGAAGUUCCUGGGAAUAGAGGCUACAGAUAUUAUGGAGCAGCUCGUGAUCUUCCGGGAGUGCGCGAAUUAUUUGAAGAAGAUCCUCAACCAGUAGCUAGGAAAUCUAGAGGCGAGUUAAUGAAGCUAGUUGACGUAUCGUAUUAUGGUAACUGUGAUGAAGAUGAUGGUGUAAUUGUACCUCAGGAAGCUGUUUAUGAGCAAGAAGCUAUUGCGCAUAAAAUUGCUGAAUGGAAAUAUCGUAAAGCAUCUGACUCUCAACCAGGAUAUUCAUGCAAGCCGCUCGGGGAUGAAUUUGAUGAACUAGAUGAGGAUAAUGCGGAUACCAGAAACAUAUAUGACGUUGGUGACAAUCCGGCUGAUAUAGAAUUGAUGCGUCUUUAUGAGGCAAUCGAUGAAAAUAAUGAAGUUGGAUCGAUUGACUUUUCUAAUGCAGAACAAUUAGUAGCACUAAUAAAUGACGACGAAAAUACAGAUGACUUAGAUGAUCAUACAGGAAGGUCGGCGACCAAAUCUAUGAGUUCUUUAAGCACCACGGUGAAGCGAGCAUUCGUCGCUCAUGUUCCAAUCUACUCACAAGAGCAGAUUGAAGCGGCACUAGUAGCCCAGCGCAAACGUGAAAUUCUUGAGAAAUAUAUGUCUAGUGAUCUGUUAGCAAGUAUGGCACAAACUGGGGAAAUCCUUGGCUUUGAAAAUAGUGAUGAAAUAAACUCAAGUUAUCAAGUUGUAAACGACAGUCAUUUUUCGUCAAUCCCGACAACAGAUUCCAAUGUUAACGUUGACUUCGAUACAAAUGAAGGAGAGAAAAAGAACUAAUACUUUAUUUUGUGGCCUUUAGAAUGUAUAUUUUUGUACAAAUAUAAAGCAUUUAAGUAAUGCAAUCAAAACUCCGUGUUUUUUGCGUCUUAUUUUACAAUGGGAUUCGAUAGUAAUUCCGUCAAAAACAUAUAUAAAAAAACUAUCUCAGUGACAAGUUUGGAGGAUCUGUAAAAAUCAUUUGUGAUCUCUUGUACUAUUGUAUGAAGAUAUGUUCUGAAGUGCAGGAUAAUAUUACUAUGUCUCGCUUUUGUUAGCAAGACAACAUUCAUUUAUCGUUGCACUACCUAGUACAAUCACCGAUCCCUGAAUAUGUUAUCAAGUAAAAACAAGUUAAUAUCAGAUAUUACUUAGUAAACUUAUAUUUUUAUGAUUAGACUGUUGCAUGCAGUUCACUUUCCAGUGAUCAACUGUGCCCGGCGCUUUAACCGGGUUGGUGGACACUAAGGGUCCACCUAGGAGAGUUGGAAAACCUUCAUUCCAAACUAAUGGUACACAUGGGCUCCAGGGUCCUGAGCGAAAAAAAGGCGUAUGAACCAAUUAUUGGUCA